GGUGCUUAGCUCCGUCCGUCACCGCAAAUCGCUGUUAAAGCACGCAACGGGUGAAUACGACGCCGCGUUGCGUGCGCCCGUUUCACGAAGAAAUCAUUUCACUAACGACGUAGAUUGAGCAAACAACCUUUUGAUCCCCGUUCUGGCAGGACGUCGAGGAUGGCCGAUAUCAAGCAGGAUCACAAGGGCGAGGAUGUCGACACUUACGGGAUGGGUAACAACGCCGACCCGAAGAACAUGCAGGAGUUGACGCAAUACGUGAGUCCACGUACUUACGCACAGGAUGAUGAUGCAUCCGAAGACGCAUCGCAACGCAACGAUGACGCUACGUUGACUCCUUUGCAGGUGCAAACGCUGCUGCAGAACAUGCAAGACAAGUUUCAAACGAUGUCCGACCAGAUCAUAGGAAGAAUAGAUGAAAUGGGCAACAGAAUAGAUGAUCUGGAAAAGAAUAUCGCAGAUCUAAUGACGCAAGCAGGAGUCGAAGGUGGCGAAAAAUAAGUUAAUUCUCUUACCAAUGCACUGAUCCAUAAGUGAGGAGUCAUCCAAAGUAUUUGAGAUAGACGUAUGUGGAAGAAAAAUAUAGAGGCAGUGAGAUACACAUCCUUUUGUUACAAUGCAAAAAAAUAAACUUACACUUUUUUAUAAA